AGGUGAGUGAAGCGGCAGGUUGUGUUGAUCUCUUGUCGCCUACAUCUACGAUACUGGGAUAUGCAUUCACACCAUUAUGAAAAUCACCACUUGCAACAGCGUGAGAAAGACGAGGCUCAACUUCACCUGAGGGCACCAGAGUCACAGCGGUGAACCCCGACGGCAGCAUGAGUGACGAGCUGAUAACACGAGCGUUGGUGGGCGGUCAGUGGAUCAACGGCAGAGGCGGCACCUUCCCCGUGACGGACCCUGCCACGGGCGACGAGAUUGCCCGUGUAGCGGACUGCACUGCAGGGGAAGUGACGUCCGCAAUCGAGGCAGCGGCGGCAGCUUUCGAAGGGUGGCGGCUGCGCAGCACCAAGGAGCGCGCCGCAGUUCUCUUGAAGGUGCGGGACUGUCUGCUUCAGGAGAAGGACACCAUCGCCACUGUGCUUAGCAGGGAAAAUGGGAAACCGUUGGCCGAGGCUACAGGGGAGGUGGGAUUCGCGGCAUCCUUCUUUGAAUGGUUUGCUGAGGAGGCUCGAAGGCAUUACGGUGAAACCAUUCCUAGCCCCUCCCCCUCCAAGCGGCUGGUCACCGUGAGGCAACCGGUCGGGGUGGCCGCCCUCAUCACGCCAUGGAACUUUCCCAUCGGCAUGAUUGGGCGCAAAGUGGCCGCCGCCCUGGCUGCUGGCUGCACUUGUGUCGUCAAGCCUGCUGAGGACACGCCACUCACUGCCCUCCUCUUCGCCAAGAUAUGUGAACGUGCGGGGGUGCCUGCUGGGGUGGUGAACGUGGUACCAUGCUCCAGAGAGAGGGUGGAGGAGGUGGGGGCGGCUCUGUGUGCCUCUCCCCGCGUGCAGGUGCUCUCUUUCACUGGUUCCACAGCUGUUGGCCAGUGGCUAUACUCCCGCUGCGGCCCGACAGUGAAGAAGCUUGCCCUGGAACUUGGAGGUGAUGCCCCUUUCAUUGUGUUCCCGUCUGCUGACCUUACUCGAGCCGUAGAGGGAGCGAUGGCCUCCAAAUUCCGCAACACUGGUCAGACCUGCGUCACGGCCAACCGCAUCUUUGUGCACGAGUCCAUUCAUGAUGAGUUUGUGUCUCGUUUCGCCUCCGCGAUGGACGCCGAGCUGAAGGUGGGCCGUGGCCUGGAGAAAGGCAUCAACCAGGGACCCAUCAUCAACCAGCGACAGUUCGACCGCCUCGUGAAGAUUGUUAAAGACUCUGUGUCAGCCGGAGCCAAGACGGUGCGAGGAGGGCUUUCUCUAGGCGGCCUCUUCUACGCCCCAACACUCCUAACUGGGGUCAAGAUGGACAUGCCAGUAGCGACUCAGGAGAUCUUCGGCCCCGUCGCUGCCAUCAUCCCGUUCCAGAACGAGGAGGAGGUGAUCAGGCUUGCAAACACAACAGAUAAGGGACUGGCAGGUUAUUUCUAUUCCAACGAUGUGAGUCAAGUGUGGAGGGUGGCGGAGGCUCUGGAUGUGGGCAUGGUGGGCGUGAACGAGGCAAUGGUGUCUUCGUGUGAGGCGCCCUUCGGGGGCUUCAAACAGUCGGGACUGGGCAAGGAGGGGUCGAGAUACGGCCUGGACGAGUUCGCACAUCUCAAAUACAUCUGUUUCGGUAUAUAGGCGGAACAGCUCGCGGUUAUUCGCAUUACCAAGACCCCAGUUCUUUACAAUCUAAGUACUAAGUGACAAGUGUCUACUUCGUGAUGCGACUACCGCUGCAGGUACAGGUGCAUGCUGCUCGGUUAUCCACUUCAUCUGCUUCCUUGCCUUCCAACUCGGGACUGACACUUAAAAGAUGGCAGUGAUUCCACCUUCCUCAUUCACUUCCCCACACACAAUAUGACGCCACUUCCCUAUCCCUGGAACAGCAGGGGGGGGAGUGAGAGGAGAGUAAACUCCUUCCUUGGAUAAGCAGCACCAGCCAAUGGCAUGGUGGUCAUCAUAUCUCCAAGCACUGUCUCUUCGGCUUUUGUUGCGUAAAGCGCUGAAAGGACGCAGUCAAGGACUUCAAGAGUUUGAGCCAUUGAGGGUUACACAUCUCUCGUUUGGAAAUAAAAUAUCGGCGCACAGCACAAUUACCAAAACAUUUUAUUCGACGCACCAUUACCUACCAUGAUUAUGUAAAUAAUCUAAGCACUAAUAAGUGUUCCCGCGUCUCGCAUCCAGGACAUUCAUAAAUUAAUAAAAUUCAUGUGAUUUA